AUGAAGGCCUCUUUCGUUGCUGCCCUCGCCGCUCUGGCUGGCUCUGCUUUCGCUGCCCCCACCAACCCCAUUGAGGGCCUCGCUAAGACCCUCAAGAUUGGCAACCUUUUUGAGGAGCUUCACCUCGAGCAGCUCCCCGUUGUCUCCCAGAUCGCCGAUCUCCCCAAGGCCCUCGCUGGUUCCGCCACCUCCAGCGCCGCUUCCGCUGCCUCCAGCGUGCCCGCCAUCCAGAACGGUCACAUUGUCCAGAACCUUGGCCCCCAGCUUGACAACAUCCUGACCGUUGUCGGCCCCGAUGCCACCACUCUGCUCAUUGAGCUCUCCCCCGAGGUCUCUGCCCUCGUCUCCGGCCUUGGUCUCGGUGGCCUCGCCGCUCCCCUCGGUUCCAUUGUUGCCUCUGCCUCCGGUCUCGGUGGUCUCGUCACUGGCCUCGGCCCCGUUGUUGACAACCUCGUCACCGUUGUCGGUGCUGAUGUCGGUGCUCUCCUGAUCUCUCUCUCCGCCCCCGUUGCUGGUCUCGUCUCCGGUCUUGGUCUCCCCUCCGUCGGCACCCCCGUCGGUACCGUCGUUGCUGUCCUCGGCAAGAACGUCAAGCGCGGUGAGAUCGUCCAGGACGUUGCCCCCAAGGUCAAGAGCACCCUCACCGUCACCGGUGCCAACGCCAAGCAGCUCCUCAUCGAGCUCUCUCCCCCCGUUGCCGCUCUCGUCUCCGGCCUUGGCCUCGGCUCCAUUGCCGGCCCCGUUGGCUCCAUCGUCGCUGAGGCCUCCUCCGUCGGUGACCUCCUCAAGGACGUCUCCGAGCCCGUUGAGAACCUCCUCCAGAUCACCGGCACUGACGGCAAGCACCUCCUCCUCAAGCUCUCUCCCUCCGUCGUUGCCCUCGUUUCUGGCCUCGGUCUCCCCUCCGUCGGCACCCCCGUUGGUGCCGUCGUUGACACCGUCGCCAACAACGUCCUGUAA